AUGGAUGGUUAUCAUCUGCACAGCAUGUCCGCUACUCAAUCUUAACCUCAUAACUUGCACAUAGGGACUCUCACAUCAUGACCAAUGUGCUUCCAGCAGAAGAUAACAUAAGUUUAACCAUUUUUCCUGAGAACUGUCCCAACUGCACUGCCAUACCUGCGUUUGACAUAGACAUCACUAAGACACUGGCUCUGGGCCUGGUGCUGAUGCUCUUUAUAAUAUUCGGUGUGAUGGGCAACAUCCUAGUCAUCCUCUCCGUGGUGUGCCAUCACCAUCUCCGUUCCGUGACGCAUUAUUUUAUCGCCAAUCUGGCCGUUGCAGAUCUACUUCUGAGCUCCAUGGUGCUCCCGUUUUCCGCCGCAUCUGAAGCCUUGGGCCGUUGGGUGUUCGGCCAUCAUUUAUGUAACGCCUGGACUGCACUUGACGUGCUAUGCUGCACGGCAUCCAUCCUCAGUCUCUGCGUGAUCUCUGUGGAUCGCUUCAUGGCCGUCAGUUACCCGCUGCGGUACCCUUCCAUGGCUACAGGUCAAAGGGCACUGGCGGCAGUGGUGGCUCUAUGGGCUCUUUCGGCUGCCAUCUCCGUCGGCCCGCUGUUCGGAUGGAGGGAGCCCAUGCCGGAGGACGAGUCGGUGUGCAGAGUGAAUGAAGAGCCGGGAUAUGCCAUCUUCUCCGCUGCAUGCUCCUUCUACGUGCCGUUGACGGUGAUUUUGGUCAUGUACUGCAGAGUGUAUGUGGUGGCCCGGCAAAAGACUCAUUCCAUGAGGAAGGGCUGGCAGACGAAUGGGUCAAAUGAGCACGGAGUGACCCUGCGGAUCCACUGUCGCAACGCCCAGCAUGCCACCGGGAAGGAGAAAGCAGUACACUCGAAGAACUCGCGCUUCGCCUUCAUGCGUCUGCUUAAGUUCUCCCAGGAAAAGAAGGCGGCCAAGACUCUGGGGAUUGUGGUGGGAUGUUUUGUACUCUGCUGGCUGCCUUUUUUCCUAGUGCUGCCCAUAAGCUCCAUCUUCCCAUCCCAUAGACCCCCGGACACUGUCUUCAAAAUUACUUUCUGGCUUGGCUACUUAAAUAGCUGCCUCAACCCCAUCAUCUACCCGUGCUUCAGUCAGGAGUUCAAGAAGGCCUUCCAGAACAUUCUCCGUGGCCACUGCCUCAGCAGAACACACAGGAUCUGGAGCCCUCCGGCCUCUGCUCGGGACCCUAUGCAUUGCCCCAAAUCUCCACAGGGUUUCCCAUCUACAUCUACUGACUCCUGGAGGCCUACUAAUGCAUCACCUACCGCGAAUAAGAACUCAUUUACUGCACAUAGCAACAGUGCUCUGAAUGCACCUGAAACAUCUCUGACAAUGAAAGUUCAUCAGGUUUCCAUAUGCAAGAUGGACGGUGAGGCUGUAUGA